AUGACGCUUUGCACGCCAUGCGCGACCAUAGACCUGGACGCCAUUCGUCGAGGUGACUACUGGGAAUUGAAGAACUCGAAGGACAUGCGAGAGUCUGCUUCCAACGGCUGCGACGGGUGUAGCUUCUUUCUUGAUUCGAUCAAAAACUUCUCGAAACGGCUCUCAGAGAACUUUGAGGAUUUCGUGGAGCAAGCCAGGCCUAUGCGCAUUGGCAAGUUUUAUGACGGCAAUGACUACUAUCUCGAGGUCGGUAGUGACGAUGUUAAGGAUUACGUUAAUUUUGAUCUAUGCGCUGCGGAAACCGGCUUUAACCCUCCCAAUGAUGAAGGGCCAAAGAGACCGAUAUCACAAGAUCUAAAUGGCGACGAGUUCGAACUUGCUCGAAUAUGGUUGGACCGCUGCUCUCAGCAUGAACAUUGUGACGCUCAAGAGGAUACUCAACUUCCUACAAGGCUGAUUCAAGUGCACGAUAAAUCAACUUUGCACAUAUGUCCCACCCAGAAAGAUUGGCGUGGCAAAUAUGUGGCUCUCAGUCAUUGUUGGGGCAAAAAGCCCUUUUUAAAAACCGAGCAUUCAAACUUUCAGAGAUUAGUUACUGGAUUCGAUUAUGAGGAGCUACCUCGGUCGUUCCAGGAUGCCGUCACUUUAACAAGAAAGCUUGGUUUUAGGUACUUAUGGAUUGACGCGCUUUGUAUUAUCCAAGACGACGAAGAGGACUGGGCCCGAGAAUCUGUGGCAAUGACACAGGUCUAUCAAAACGCAAGUCUUGUAAUAUCGGCAAAUGCAGCGCCAGACAGUUCCUCCGGUUUCCUUGCGCGAAAAGUAUUUAGAUCACACAGAUUCGGCACCGGUGCUGGUCUUCUAUUAUGGCAGUCACCUGCCAUAACCGGAUUUAAGAGCUUUGCAGAAAUCCGAGGGGAACCUCUCGAUCGCAGAGCUUGGACUUACCAAGAGAAAAUCAUGGCGAAAAGAAUCCUGUACUUUUUGAAGAGUCAAAUGGCUUGGGGUUGCAGUACUUGCAUUUACACUGAGUCCAUGGGUACUACUCCAACGAGGCACGCUUCAACGCAUGGUCCGUCCAUUAAACUCGAGAUUCACAGGUUCAUGCGCGCCGAAUCGACCGAAUUGGAAAUAAGCAGUUCGAAAUGGGAAUCCCUCCGAUCUCGGUUGGAUUGUUGGUACUAUUGUAUUCAGGAGUAUACACAUCGCGAUCUAACAAAGGCUGGAGACAAGCUUCCGGCAUUCUCCGGACUAUCAUCCGGUCUAUGUAUCCCCGAACUUGGCAACUAUCUCGCAGGGCUCUGGGAAGUCGAUCUUUUUCGCGGACUCGGGUGGAGAUACGUUGACAGAGGUGCAUACCCUGUGCGGGAUUAUAAUUGCUAUGUUGCGCCGUCAUGGAGCUAUAUGUGCGCACAAGGGAGGAUAAAAUUGAUCGGCCUCGACUUCGAAAGGCAAAGGGAAGCCAGCGAUUCUGAACUGCUUUCUGAGCGUCGUUGGAAAGAAGUAUACAGACCACAGUUGAUUGACCACGAUAUCAAGCCUGUUUUGGAGGAGAACAAAUAUGGCGCAAUCAAGCCCGGUUGGAUUCUCAUUCGCGCAUGUUGUCGACGGAUUCUUGUGCAACGAAGUCCAAUGCGGGAAGCGUGGCAUGAUGAAAUGAAUGACGAUCACGAUAGACUAUGCUUCGACACACUGGAUGGACGCUUUGUAUGGAGGUUCGACGCAACCGAUGGAUAUCAUUGUCCUAAGAAGUCCAGGGGAGAGUUUGAGUCCGGUUGGGGGGAGCCAUGGGCAGAUGAUGGUGAGGUGGAUGAGUACACCGCCGUCCAAAUCUAUCGGUAUCGGAGGGAACAAGCUUAUUUUUCUGAUCAGCCUCCUCAGCUUUUUAUGCUAAUCCUUAGCUCAACUUUUCAUAAUCGUGAAGAGGCCUACGAGCGUGUCGGAAUUGUGUCGGUCCCAUUAAGCGACGAGCAGUUAUACCACGAGAAGUGGCAGAGCUUGGAAUUGAAAUUAUUUUAA